AUGUCUGAGGCUGGCGCGGCCGGGGCGGGGGCGACCGCGGCCGCCGCAGGAGGAGGCGGCGGCGGCGGCAGCGGCGGCGGGGGAAACAGCGGCGGCGCCGGAGCGGUGCAGCAGGGCUCCCCGGCCGCCGGAGGGCUGGCCGCUUGCGGGCCCGCCCGAGCGGUGAUCGCGGCCGCCGCCUCCACCACCGCCGCCGCCGCCGAGAGCCCCGCGGCUGUCGCGGGCGGCAGCGGAGGAGGAGGCCCCGGCUCGGCUCGCAUCUCGGGCAAGAAGGCGCAGCUCCGCUCCGCGCCCCGCGCCAAGAAGCUCGAGAAGCUGGGCGUCUAUUCCGCCUGCAAGGCUGAAGAAUCUUGUAAAUGCAAUGGCUGGAAAAACCCUAACCCACCUCCUACUCCACCCAGGGCAGACCUGCAACAGGCAGUCGUGUGUCUUACUGAGCCGUGUCGCAGCUGUAAUCAUGCACUCGCUGCUCACGUUUCCCAUUUGGAGAAUGUCUCUGAAGAAGAAAUGAACAGGCUGCUGGGAAUUGUGCUGGAUGUGGAGUAUCUGUUCACCUGUGUCCAUAAAGAAGAAGAUGCUGACACUAAACAAGUCUAUUUCUACUUGUUCAAGCUUUUGAGGAAGUGCAUAUUACAGAUGGGGAAACCUGUCGUAGAAGGAUCUUUGGAAAGUCCCCCAUUUGAGAAGCCUAGUAUUGAACAGGGCGUUAAUAAUUUUGUGCAAUACAAAUUUAGUCACCUACCAUCAAAAGAGAGACAAACAAUAGACGAAUUGGCUAAAAUGUUUCUAAAUCGUAUCAACUAUUGGCAUCUGGAGACUCCUUCCCAACGAAGGCAGAGGUCACCUAAUGAUGACAUUGCUGGCUAUAAAGUUAAUUAUACGAGAUGGCUGUGUUACUGCAAUGUACCCCAGUUUUGUGAUAGUCUACCUCGAUAUGAAACCACACAAGUUUUUGGAAGAACACUGCUACGCUCCGUCUUUACCGUCAUGAGACGACAACUUCUAGAACACGCUAGGCAGGAAAAAGACAAGCUUCCUCCUGAGAAACGGACACUAAUCCUCACACAUUUUCCGAAGUUCCUAUCCAUGUUGGAGGAAGAGGUGUAUAGUCAAAGUUCUCCCAUCUGGGAUCCCGAUUUCAUGGCAUCCUCGUCUCGAACUGCCCAGCUAGGCAUCCAGACAGUGAUUAGCCGUCCUCCAGUGGUGAGGUCUUUUUCGUGCAGCACAAGUCCCUCAUCUCUCGAGCAGCCCAGUGGUGGGAGUUUGAGUCCCGCCUGCAAGGCUGUUUCCGGCCUGGACCCAAACCUGGGAGAGAAAAGAAAAAUUAAUGAGCCUUAUUCUGGGGAGGAUGCUAAGAAGCCAAGAGUUGUAGGAGAUAUUCCUAUUGAACUAAUCAAUGAAGUGAUGUCAACCAUUACGGAUCCAGCCGCAAUGCUUGGCCCAGAGCAGACUAAUUUUCUGUCAGCACAUUCAGCCCGGGACGAAGCAGCAAGGCUAGAAGAGCGCCGAGGAGUGAUUGAAUUUCAUGUCGUUGGAAAUUCCCUAAACCAAAAGCCAAACAAAAAAAUUAUGAUGUGGCUGGUUGGCUUACAGAACGUAUUCUCACAUCAGCUACCCAGAAUGCCAAAAGAGUACAUUACUCGUUUAGUCUUUGAUCCGAAACACAAGACCCUUGCCUUAAUAAAAGAUGGCCGUGUGAUUGGUGGUAUCUGUUUUCGGAUGUUCCCUUCUCAAGGAUUUACAGAAAUAGUUUUCUGCGCUGUGACUUCGAAUGAACAAGUCAAGGGUUACGGAACCCAUCUAAUGAAUCAUCUGAAAGAAUAUCAUAUUAAGCAUAACAUUCUCAACUUCCUUACGUAUGCCGAUGAAUAUGCAAUUGGUUACUUCAAGAAACAAGGGUUUUCAAAAGAUAUUAAAGUGCCCAAAGCAAAAUAUGUUGGCUAUAUCAAGGAUUAUGAAGGAGCAACUUUAAUGGGAUGUGAAUUAAAUCCAAAGAUUCCAUACACUGAAUUUUCAGUUAUCAUCAAGAAGCAAAAAGAGAUCAUUAAAAAAUUGAUUGAAAGGAAGCAAGCUCAGAUUCGGAAAGUUUAUCCUGGUCUUUCUUGCUUCAAAGAUGGAGUACGGCAGAUCCCCAUAGAAAGCAUUCCUGGAAUUAGAGAGACCGGCUGGAAACCAAGUAGCAAAGAGAAAGGUAAAGAACCCAAAGAUCCAGAUCAGCUGUACAGCAUACUAAAAAACAUUCUACAACAGGUAAAGAGCCAUCAAAGCGCUUGGCCUUUCAUGGAACCUGUGAAGAGAACAGAAGCUCCUGGAUAUUAUGAAGUUAUAAGGUUCCCCAUGGAUCUGAAAACUAUGAGCGAACGACUGAAAAACCGGUACUAUGUAUCGAAGAAAUUAUUCAUGGCAGAUUUGCAGCGAGUGUUUACUAACUGCAGAGAGUACAACCCUCCUGAGAGUGAAUACUAUAAGUGUGCCAAUAUACUAGAGAAAUUUUUCUACACAAAAAUUAAAGAAGCUGGGUUAAUUGACAAGUGA